AUGUGCAUCGCUCUCUUCUGCUUUGAUCAUCCGGUAUACUCUGUCAUACUAUGCUCCAACAGGGACGAGUUUUUGCAUCGUGCCACUACACACGCACGCUUCCACAACUUUGAAAUCAAAAUUCCCGGUGAUGAUGAUGAAGCUACCCCUGAGAAACCUGGAGAUGUCCUCUCGGGGAGAGAUCUAGUCGCAGGCGGAACCUGGCUGGGAAUCAAUCGAAAGGGGCGCAUUGCAGUUCUCACCAAUAUCACAGAAGAAUAUCAGACAUGGCCCACGUCUCGCGGUGAUCUACCCCACAACUUCCUCAAUCCACCGGCUAACAAGUUCGAGACGCUGGAUGACUACGUUCGACAUCUCACUACGCCCCCAUCUGACUCAUACGCCGGUUUCAAUCUGCUCCUAGCCGCUCCCAGCAAGGGUGGCAUUGAUAACUUCGAAGUGACAAGGUUGACAAAUUCGGGGGGGGGUGGCCCCAUCACGGCACGGUCGUUGAGAGAUAAUGAGCGUGCACACGGUGGCAUGUCGAAUGGUGUGGAUGGUGCUGCGGAAGGAGAAUGGCGAAAGGUCAUUGAGGGCAGUGAAAAGUUACAGAAGAUCUUAGAGGUGGGACUUGAUGAGGAUGGGAUGAUUCAGGCGACAUUUGACGCCCUAAGCAUAUGCCGAACACCACCUCAAACACGCCAACAGCUACGAACUUCCAUCAUGAUCCCACCACUGCUCAUCCCAAUUACCGGCAAGGUACCGCCUGGAGGGAACGAGCCACCGGUACCAGAUCCGGUCACGAAAGAGAUUGGUCUCUGGUAUGCGACUCGUUUGUCAACUGUGCUGUUGGUGAAGAAGACUGGAGAAGUUACAUUCGUUGAACGGGACAUUUGGGCAUUGGAUCCCGAUACUCAGCAACCUGUCCACUGCGGCACGAACAAGGAUCGCAUUACGCGUUUUCAGUUGGAGGUCAUCUAGACAGUCGGAAACACUGUAAAUCAAGAACAACAUGUGUUGUACAAUAUUCAAUAACAA